CAGCAAAGUCCUAGUUUUUGAAACGCAUUUGAAACCAAAUAUCAUUAAGUGGCGAUAGAGUAGGGUACUUAAGAUUUUAAAGGAAGACAACGCUUGUACUUCCGGUGAUAAGAGGUUGUACGUUCUUAUUCAACUGUAUUGGUUCCUGGAUUUUUGUAGCGUUGCGAUGCGUCUAACGGUAUAGGCAUCCAGGCUUAGACUGUACACUACAAAAAUGGACCGCGUCAUUCUUAGACUAUACAUAGCGCUUAUUUUCCUUGUGGUAGAAACUCCAGGAGCAUCGAUUUUCGAUCAGCAGACAGGUAAAAGUCCCAUUUCAACUUUGUUAUUACAGACGUAACAAAUUCACAAGCCAUAAAAAGAUAAACCGAAAAUCAAAUUAAUUGUUACCAUUAUUGUAAUAACACUGGAUACAACUUUUGAGUUUUAAGAAAAGUGGCACUUUGUUAUUUAUUCAUUUACUCACAUGGUGUGUACAAACGACAUUCAAAUAAUAACUUGAGUAGUUUAUGCGAUUUUUGGCUAUUUACGAGCAAUCUUAUAUAAGGCGUAGCCAACGUAAGCCAUCAUAGAAUAGUAAUUAACCCUAACUUUAAUUCAUCAUUUUCACACAGACCAGAAUGCACAUUGUUUUCCCCCUUCCCCUCCCCCUCCCGCAAAAAAAUGCAUAACCAUUGUUUCCAAUUUCUCCUGGGUAUUACAGUCGUCCCAACAGGAUUCGAAGACAAUUGUUAUGCAAAACUUUGGGGGUCAACAAGGUGUAUGUGAAAAUGGUGACUUAUGCAUAUUUCGGCAUGGUGUUAGCGUUAACACACCUGAAGGGGCCCGUUUCUCAAAAGCCCCGAUAAUUAGGGGGCCCGGAAAAUACGAUAUCAAAGUUUCAGUAGUUUGCAGAUGAUAUAAUAAAACCAUCAGUUAACAACGCAAAAUGGACUGGUUUGUUAGCAAGGUCGACCAGCAUUUAUUCUUUAGACUUUGGUUUGAAUUUUUAAAUUGGGGACAGAAAAGUUACCGGGACUUUCGAGAAACGGGCCUUGUUUGUGAGGCGGCAAAAAUCCAAAAUUUUGUGGGAUGGUCGGUUAGCUUUCGCAAAUAAACUUGAUUGGUGAAUUUAAUGAUGUGGGAUAUGCGAUUUCACUGAUUAUCUUUACCCGCGAACACCUUUGCUCGAUUUUCUGCUGGUCGAACAUAUUUUCUUUCUCCCUAACAGUGAUCAAUGAUGACAGUCUGUUUAAUGAAGGUGAUAUUAUAGUCACAUGUGACGUCUUAGGGGGGACAUUGUGUCAAGAUUCUGUCCAGUGUAUUGGUACAACUAAGAGAUGCAAGAUUGAACAAGAUUGCAAUGAUCUCUCAGACGAGAAGGACUGCAGUAAGUAUAAUUGUAGCCUGAAUUUCAUCCGAUUACGUACUCCCUCAGUAACGACGUUGCUGAGAGGAAAAAACGACUCGAAGCAAUCGAAUGAAAUUCAGGCUACAAAGUUCGGUGUUUUAAAUUAAGUCAUGACCAACAAAAAUUAAUCCGUUUCUGAUAUUACGAAAAAAUAAUUAACAAGUUAAAAAGGAUAAAAACUCUUUUUGCCUUAGGUCCUCCAAAACAAAUGAGUGCGUAUCUUAAUAAUGAACAUAAAAUUCGGCUUCUGAUCCGUGACAUUGGUUUGCCACAUUGCUCGCCUUUCUUGACGGCAAUCAGCUCUUCCAGGCGACUAUGAUACCUUAGACAUUCGGCAUUUCCCAUACCGCCAGUUGUUGUACAGACCGAGGGCGUAAAUGUUCCAUGCUCAAUCUGAAUGUCGAGAACUGUCCUUGAAUACAGACACUUUCUUACCUGUUGUGGUUCUAGGUCCUUACACGAUUCAGCAUUUUGGCGACAUACCCUAACAUCAAAGACGAUACCGCUCGUUGGUGCUUCCAGAACCCACUUGCAUGGAUAUCCAAUCUCGCAUCUUGUGCUUUUAAUUAUUAGAUCCUCUACUUAGCUGUUCUCCAGAUAUCUCACUGCAUAACGUACUCAGAAGUUUCGGGCUUCCAGAUCUCGUAUCUCGUUGUGACGCUGAGUCAGUAACGAAAUCUCUACCUCCUAGACUGCAAGACACAAAAAACGCUAAAUGACGUAAACCCGACGCUAACUUGGUCAGGAAUAUUUCUUCCCGUCCCUUAGACGAGACUGAAACACAAGUACUUUCCUACGGACCUAAACACUCACUGACACCAAAACAAAUACCUACUGAGGCUAUUGUAUCCAGUGUUGAGGCUGUUCUGUCUCGACAACACGAGCUAUCCGAAUCGACCAAGGAUAACAUCAGAAGUACCUGCAGACGACGUUAUGGACCUACUCAACCUCUGUUUGACUUUGACGUACUUUCAGUACGAGAGCAAACACUACAAACAGUUACACGGUACAGCUAUGGGCUCUCCAGUUUCUGUUGUUGUAGCAGAAACUGGUAUGCAAAACAUCGAGGAAAAAGCCCUAGCUACUUAUACGCGAACUAUGCUCUUCGCUGACGACACGUUCACCGCUGUACACAAAGAGGAAAUCGACGAUUUUCACGAACACCUUAACAGACAGAACGCGGACAUACAAUUUACCCAGGAAAUCGAGGAAAAUGGUAAAAUACCUUUUCUAGACUGCUUGGUCACUCGAGACAGCAACAGACUACGAACGACAAUUUACAAAAAACCGACACAUACCAUCAGAUUACUAGACCUGCCAUCGUACCAACCGACCUCUCACAAGGCUACAACUAUAGGGACUUUGACGAGACGAGCACAACUAGUUUCCGACUCGCCUGACAGCCUACAAGACGAGACUGACGACCUAAAAAACCUUUGUAGUAAAAACAACUACAACACGGACUUUGUUAGACGGAACACUCACGGUAACACUGAUUCCAACACUCAGACCAACGACAAGAACUCUGGCCCGGUUACGACAGCGACUAUACCGUACAUCAGAGGCUCCUCUGAAACUAUCGUACGUAUGCUACAACCUUAUAAUAUACGUGUUGCACACAAACCGAUAAGCACUUUACGAUGACUACUUACUAAUGUCAAGGACAAAGACAAAGGCGGAGGACAGACAGGCAGCAGUAUACAAGAUCAAAUGCUGCGACUGCCAGGCUACUUACCUUGGUGAAACCGGCAGAAACCUUAGCAUGCAACUGACCGAACACAAACGAGCGACAAGAAAUAAUGACGUCAACAAUCACAUUGCUAAGCACCAUUUACAGACGAAACAUCAAAUCGGCUAGGACUCUGCGACACGUAUUACGUAUUUUACAGACUACUAUCACUUUAGAAAGCUGGUUUACUAACUUAGAACAAACGCCACUAAACUAGAAUUGGAGUGUCUAUCUGGAAUUUUAUUUCACAUUCUGUUAAAACUCUCAACUUAUCUAAUUUUCAUAAAAAAAUAAAUCACUACUCCUUAAUGUCCUAGACAAUAAAGAUAAUUUUUUGAAUGUUACCUAUAUAUAAAAUAGAAUAUUUUAAGAAGUUAACCCAGUGCGUUGUAUAUACCUCCAGUUGUAAUUUUAGUCUUUUUUUUUCUAAUAACAAAACCACUGUGCUUGAGUUUGUGUGUGGAGUUUUUCUUUCUGUGUGUUGUUGUAUUUCUUUUCUUUUCCUCUUUUGCUUGUGUAAUUUAAUUACGUCUUUAUUUAUAAUUUUUGCCCUGCCUAGAUUAGCGUUAUAGCUAUUUGCAGGGCAUAAAGUAUUGUAAACUUUAUGGUACAUUGUUGUUGUUAUUGUAGACAACAGUUACCGGCACUGUACAAACGACUUAUUGACGUAAUCAAGCAAAACUACGAGAGAACGACUGGACAACUGACAAUUUUGACUAACAAUAGACGGAUCGAAACGCACCAAUGAUACUACGAGUCUUCAUAGCCAAUAACAUCGCGACUUAAUUGACCAAUCAGGUCAAUAACCAGAGUUUAAUACCAUCAAGUGACGUGACACAACUUACUUUGACUCUGAAGAUGACUACCGCGCAGGUUGUCGAAACGUCAGUCACUGUCAACAACAACAGUCCUAUUCAGGACUACGCUCACCAGGACGAUCAUGCUCAACUUACUUAUGAAAUGACUCCUGGGUUCAAACCUUUCACAAUCCCAAAUUUGGUUGUGCGAAAAAUGCCCAAAUUUGGGCUAAGGGUGCUAAGAACAUCCCACCACUUCUUAAUUUCUGUUGUACAGCCAGCUCCACUGGCAUUAUCUCUAAAGCAGCAUUGCUUCACCCUGAACGUUGCUUGUAGACUCGUAAUUAAAGGCUGAAUGCUCAAUGAGUAAUUAAACCCAUAGCUAGAAGGUCGCCCUGUGUUGCUCCUUCUGCUGAAACGAUCUCUUUGCCGACAGCGAUUAAUAGCCGAGCUGGGUGUCUUUAGGUAUAUUAACAGGGUAGGCUGCGAUUAUAGGCACGAAACGCAGAUGUUAGGCAAUGCGGCUGCUCAGUUAAGUGCGUUGAAUACAUUAGAAGCGUCAAUGAGAAGUACGGCAUCAGUGUCAUCCACCUCAAAUAUAGCACGCAUAGCGUGUAUAGUUGCUGCCUCGCUACAGAUAUUUGUCCAGCACAUUGCUAGAGUGAGCCGCUUACCUCGACCACAUCCUUUUUGGCGACCAUCAUUACGCACUUUCCGCAAACUCUCCCAAUUAACUCUCCCCCUCCUAUUGGUCCGACAGCACCUUCGCCUUUAUCCAGUGGAAUUAGACGGCUAGCCACCAGAGGCUCUAUGGUCGUAGGGUCGAUAUAUUGCGUAAAUAGAAUGAUUAUUGCCUCACAUAGCCCUCAAGAUGACUUUUAAAGGUCACUUACAGGGGAGGAUUCUUCUUCAAUCUCACCAGUCAAUCUCUGAGUACACUGAUUUUGGAAACUCGUCGUCGGUCGGCCCGAAGAGUAAUGGACCUUAUUUUGUUCGUUGUGGGAUGGGAUGUUCCUGUUUCAGCUGCGCCUUGACCUCGUCUGUUAGUGCUGACACGACACCACCGGUCAUUUUAUUCAGGAAAAGCAGCGCUGAUGAGUUGAUUUCUUGAUUUGAACCUCGAGCACGAGCUUAGCAAAAAUCUUCUAUCGCGUGGUUCCGACGCCCUGAGUUUUUCGAUACGACCUUCAAUAACUCGACCUUCGCAUAGAAGCUUAUUAAUUUCACCUCGUUUCCAAAGUAUUGGGCGCUUAGGCAAAACGUCUUGGUGAUCUUUUGUCUUGGACUCCGGGCUUAGUUUUUUAGCUUUACAGCAAGGAGCACCAAGGCUGCUUUGAUUAUGUGUUGAUUAAUAAUGAUAAUGAUAACAACAAUAAUUAUUAUUAUAAUAUAAUAAUAAUAAUAAUAAUAUAAUAAUAAUAAUAAUAAUAUUAAUAAAGCGCCGAUACUAAUUUAAUAGAGGAUAUUACAUGGCCGCCCGGAGAUAAAUAUAAAGGCCAAUCAGGCCGUUUGGCUGUUCAUUCGUCAAUAACACAGUAUGCCUCGUGCCUAUUGGACAGUACGCGCUAUCACGCGCAAAAAUUCGGUCUGUAAUCAUAACCGAGUUGUACUCCACUCAGUCCUGUUACCAUUGUUAAAUUAACAGCUUAUUGGUAAUAUCCUGAACUAGUUUCAACAACAGAAGUAGCACUAGAUCUUAGCUUUAAUUUUACGCAGACCCUCAGACCUGACAUCUGAAAAAGAACUUACUUCCCAUUCUUAUUAGGCAUUUAAAAUAAGAAAUUGGUUGAGGCUCAAUCCACGAUAACAUGUCCUCUAUGUAUGAGACUGAUACGAGACUUGCCGGGUACUGAUGGUCUUUUCCAUUCAUCACCUUAAUUUCUACAGCUGAUUCUUUAUUGGGUUAUAAGACACAAAUACCAAGUGAAGAGGAUGAAUUUCAAUGUUCAGAUGUUUCCAAAUGUUUAACUCGAGAUCUUCUUUGUGAUGGUAUCCCAAACUGUAGGAAUGGGGAGAAGGAACCUUUGUCUUGCGGUGAGUGUUAAACAACAACGCUAGUUCACUUCGCGUAAUUUGCGUUAUACGCAGGCUCGAUUAUGCCCGGCUUUUAGAGAGCUAGUGUUUUGUUUGUUUGUCUGUUUUUGUUUGUUUUCUGUUUGUUUUUCACUGAGCUCAGCAAUGCCCGGCGUAGAUUGAACAAUUAAACUUUUCACAAAUAUCUUAAAUCCUUAUAGAGUUUCUGUUUCUUUUUGGCUUUUAACUGAAGCUUUUUAAUAUAGAUAAGACAUUACGGAUCGCAAAUGGAAUAGACCGUACAGAGCCAUCAAGUUGAGAUGUUUCUGCGACAAUUCACCGUUAAUUGCAAUCUUGAAGGCAUUAUGCUAUACUUUAGUGAGGAGGGAGGGGUCACAAGUGUCACUAGAUAUGAGGUUGCAAGGCUUGUUUAAGGCUUUAGUUUGCUCCGGGCAAAGUAGAUAUGGCCGUUUCUCUGUCAGGUUCUAUCACACCAACUAGCUUUGGAAUAAAAGGAACUGUAAUAAAUACUCAUCCAUUAGCUUUUUGCUUAGGUGAGUGUGCUUAGCGGUUUCAUUUGCUUGACUGCGUGCAUACGAUUCUUUUCGGGGGACACUCCUCCUACCUAGAUUUAAAAUCCAUGAUGGCUCAGUUCUGUGACGUUAAAUAGACACUCGGCUCGGUUGCCGUGGGGCUCUUUUGUUUCGAAGACGGAGCAAUAGGUUUUCUAGUAGAGAUCGGUCGUACCAUGGGUGAGAAUGUCAUUUGUAAUGUUCCUCACACUUGUGACAUCCCUCUAGGACUUGCCCUCUUGUUGGCAUACCUCAGGUCACCUCACAGCCGACUUACGCUUUGGGAAUCUUAGCUUAGGAUUCGAAGUUGCGGUAGACACCCGAUUCUUCGUAGCUGAUAGUUGGGUUUACUAUUAGCAUCUUAUAGCGUGUUCGGAGCGUGCCCUUUUCCCCGGGCAUUUGUCAUCCUGUGGGUGCCGGCAGUAGGGAAUUUGUCAGAAACCCUUUGCCCGGGGGUGGGGCAUUUGUCAGUUCUUCUAGAGCGGUUAAGGUGGCUACGACAUUAACACAGGCCCAUUGAGUCUUUUCGUUUUUAACGCGAUGACUCCGAAACGUUUUUGCAAAGAACAACAGAUAUCAAUGGGCAAUGAAAUAUUUCGAUUUCAUUGAUGGUAGAUACUUUUUGCGAAAUUAGCGCUCAAGUGGACCCUUAACUGUUCAGAGAAAAUCGCUUCCAUAUAGUAAAAAACGUUUGCUGAUAUUUUUGACUGAAAUUUCUGGUAAUGACUUUUAUUGACAAUAAAUAUGCGAGAGAAAUUUCACACAAAUCGUUGGAGCACACGUCCGUAACUAGAAAGUCGUUCAAAUUUAGCUGUGCAACUGUUUUGGGAUUUCAAAAAUAAAUUGCUGCGAGGUAGAACGAGACACCCGUUCCAAUUUUCGGGACUAUGGUAAGUCCAGUGUUUGCUAAUUCUUAAAAUUGGCAAACACUUAUUAUUUAAAAGGCUCCUUUUAGUUUUAGAAGCACUACUCCAAACCUUGGUCUGAAGUCGAAUGACUUGUUCCUCGACAUUUUGAAAUGUCCCUUAGCAGUUUUGGCUGAAACUCCUGCUACAUACAUACAUUUUGAGGUAUUGCAGUGCAUCUUCAACGGCUUUUACUGAUGUACGUUUGCUUCCAAUUCAAAAAAAGGUAUUGGUUUUGUAAGCUACCUUGUAUCAGACAUCAGAUAGAACUGUCGAGCACCUUUGUUUAAUUUUAUGACUAUGAACUGAGCUCGGGCGGCAGUUCUGCGAGGAAUUCGUAUCCUAUUGGGGGGGACGAGCGACAAUCAUAUCGAUAUUCAUGCCAGCGAACCGACUUAUAUCACAAUGCCAAUUAAUAAAAUUAUCGCGAAGUUUCGCGAAGGGUUGCGAGAUACUUAUUUCUUGUAAAACUAGAAUUGUAAUAGAGUGGUUUUUUUUUUAAUAAAACCUGACUUUUUGCAUAUAUUUUUGCAACGAAUGAUUGCAGGCCGCUGUUGAAUUUCGGUUAUGUUUUGCAGUUCUUUGCGGGAACUUCGGAAAGGUCAACUCACUUCACGGGGAAGCUUCAAACGCUACUGUGAUACUUCGUUGCAAGCCUCCAAUGGGUUCUUUACCACCGAAUAUCACGUGGUACAAAAGUUGCUGCGGCAGAAGCUUGAGUGUUGGAAGCGAGAAGAGUAUGGAGCUGAUCAGAAAGGGUGUGAGCACAAACGACUUAAGCAAUUUCCGUUGUGAUGCUGAGAACAUGACAGCGCGCCGAGAGGGACCGUUGAUAAGACUUGAAGUUCAAGGUUGGUGAUCACGUUUUAAUUCUCGUUCCUCUUUCAGUCCAGGGUUCUAUGUUUCUCAAGAGUACUAAAUUAUACUGCCUUGUACAGUAUUUACAUAAAAGUUAAAUUUCUAUCUGAUCUUUUUAAUCAAUUUCAGCGGAUUCUGAUUUUAAACCUCCAAGAUAUCAGGAAAACGACCUUAAUACCAUGCAGUAGGACAGUCCAAGGCUAGAAAUCCACAACUGAAGCCAAAAACCAAAAGUAUCUUAAUCCUAAAUACACCCAAGCAUGCAUUCUUGUGUUUCAACUUCCAUUUAAAGUUAUACUCUCCACCAGUCGGCCAAACUUUGAGUUUCCGGCACCAAACUACACUGUCGUAUAUUUAAUUCUCUGUGCUUUUUUACAGUUUUCAAAAUUUGAAAUACGAUUUGUACUUUCACUUUGUUUUUUCAACUUAAUCAAAGUCAAUUCGUGGAUCGGGUUCGAUUACGUUCGGCAAUCGAACAUUAUCGAGCUCGAAAAAAACCGCUUAAUCGAACACAAUCGAACGUUCGCAUCCCGGACUCUUGAUAGAGAGACAAGAUCACAAUGGAAACUCGAGAAAUCACUUCUUGAUCAGUUGUUCGUUCUCUAUGAUUUUGACCUUAGAAAAAAAAUUGUUAUACCAAUUCAUUUACUUUCCAUCAUGGGAGUAACUUCUUCUCAGAUAUCCAGAAUCCCACAUUAUUGUUAGCUGCUCUAUUUUUCACAUUUAUGUUACAUAAUCAUUCAGUUGUUCUUUUGCCUGUGUCCUGGGCAAUACCAAUGAAGUGACUGUGUGUUCAGCUAAUGAAGCAGACCGGGAACAGAUGACGGCUGGCAGGCCAGCAGACUAUAUUAAAGCAGAUUUUGUGCGUGCUUGUCAUUUAAAACAAGAAUGAAAUGAAGCAAGAUGACUGAGAAAGCUUAAGAAAGUUAUUUGUUCGAUAGAGUUCGGGUUUACUCGGGUUUUAUUCCCUUGUACCCCUCCUUAGACGACAAGUUAAUUAUGUCACUGUAAACUUUUGCAGCAUUGGCCCGUAAGGGUAAGAAAACAUCGCACAGUCGACGAUGUCCAGUGGGUGAAUUCCGAUGCAAGGAUUCUCCCCGAUGUAUUCCUAAAAGUAAACGCUGUGGUGGUUACAAGGACUGUAGGAAUGGAGAAGAUGAACCAACGCCGUAUGGUGAGUUUAAAAAAGGAAAUAUGCUGUAAAUAAACCAUGUCUAGUUCAUGGGGUGUAAUAGACCAGAGUUAAAUACUGCAUACUAAUGUGGAAAAUAACGUGUGUCUUGUUUGCACUUGGAUGCGACAUUCUUUUUCAUUCCUCGCGAAGCGAUGGCGAACUUCAUCCUUAGCUUGUUUGCAGGGGAAAUGAUUGAAAUGAAUGUGAUUAGAAAAAGGUUUCUUUGGCAGGCAGUUUUUCUUGGAAGAAUGGCAGCAUAGUCACUAGACAACAGUUACCGUUUACGACCUUCUAACUGAACCGUUUUGUUGGCCCCCUUUUUCGUGGUAACACGAUGAGUUUGAGGACGUGACAUUGUAUGGCAAAUGAUCCUUUCUCGGAUCUUCCUUUUUUGAGCGUUGAAGAAUUCAUAUGACCUACGAUCACAACUCUGUUUUUGGAUUCUCAAAAUUACGCACCCAGAGUGUGUAUAGUGUGGGGGUGUGUUCGACCAACUCGCUCGCUACACGACGAGGUACCAGGAAUCUGAUUUACAUCUUGGCCUUUAUUCUUCUUAAUCUUCUUACAACUUCUGCUUACUAUACUUCUGCUCUACUUCUCUUACAUCUAUAACCCGAGUUCAAGUAUAGUAGCGGUUUUUAAUAGCCAAAGCUGGGCAUGUUUGGGUUAGCUGACCGGAAGAGUUUCUAUUGUAUUUCUUAUCGCUAACACUGCAACGGGUUUGCUAUUGUCAGGGAAUAGAUUAGCCUACGCCCAGCCGCAGCUGAUAAUUAUCAAAGAACGAAGGACAGCUCUAACACCACAAACACGACCACCUGUAACAUUCCUAAUAUGGCAAUAAGUAAAUUCGCGAGCUAAGCAUAACUUCAAAUACAAGUAAAAACAAAAGGUCAAAACAGGAAAACAGUACGUGGACAAAAACAAGACUUAAUGAAACGAAAACUAAACUUAAAAGACGAGGUAAAUCCGUCUUAAAAAUAACUUUCAAAAUACUUCACAGUAAAGACUUUAUAGUAAGUAAAGACUUUAUUUUAUUAGGGUUAGCACGAAAUAGCCGGGGCUAAUAAACUUGUGGCCCUCUAAAUAAUAAAUAAUAAAAUAAUAAAUGAGUAUACUAAGCUAUGAAAAAAUACAAGAUUAAAACCAAUUAAGAAUACAGAUACUAUAGAAUCUACUAAAUUAUUUAGAAGAUAAAAUAUAGCGUUAUAAUAAUCUCACAGUUCAUCAAGUAACUUAAAUAGAAAAAUGAUCAAGAUUCUGCUGUUGUUUAAAAAAUUCAUUCCACAAUGCUUUUUUUAAAGAGUCAACUGAGUCCCUUUGCCUUACAGGCAAAGAUAAGCUGUUCCACGCUUUGCAAGUUGUUACGGUAAAAGUUCUGCCUCCUUCUGUUUCGCGAUUAUACCUCGGAGAGGUUAGGUUAAAAUUACAGUACCUGGUUUUUCUACUGUGGAUGUUACUGUAUAAUUUAAGUAGAUCGUUGAGAUAAACAGGGACGUCACCUUGUAAUCGCUUAUAAGCAAUGAUACAUUUAGAUAUGAAAGCGUCUUUAUAAAAAGGCAACCAUUUCAGCCGAUUAAACAAGGGAACUGAUGGUGCUUGAGAGGGGGGCAUUCAGGAUUACUCUAGCUGCUCGUUUUUGGAGCUUCAGGACCCGCCCAAGGCUUUCCUUAUCACAAUUAGUCCAAAGGACGCUUGCAUAAUUAAUCACUGGCCUGAUCAAAGCAUUGUAAUAAAGUAAUCUUUGUUUAAGGGGCAGAUAAUUCCCCCCUUAGAAGAAGCAUCGUCCUCGAUGCAAAAGGACGUAAUACAUAUAAAUGGCAAAUAAGGGAAAGUUCAUUUAAUAUGACAGGGGGGAUGAAGAUAUUGAAACUCGAAGCUUGAAAUUUUAGCAGCCCCCUCGCUAGCGGUGCAAUUUUUAGGAGCCCCCUCCUUGGUAGUCGAAAAAAUUUCAGAGCCCCCCUCCUCCUUCAAUUCCUUUGCUCCCCUGAAAAAAGAUCGCUAGACUGUAUUAAAUAUAUUUACCGUUAUUGUCUUCAAUGGUUUAUACUAUGACAAACUUGAGAUACAGUUGUGAUACAAUUUUCUAAAGCAUUUUUGGGAUGAACAAGAGUGUAAUAACUACUGAGACUACAUUUGUUAUAUCUGUAAACCACGUGAUAUAGCUGAGUUGCACAGAUCAUUAAAUUGUUGAGUUGAAAACCAUCCGAUCUGUAUGAUGAUGUCAUGUGUUGGUUUUGAAGUAUAUUAAUUUUCGGAGCCCCCCUCCUAGCGCAACAAUUUUUUCAGAGCCCCCCCUUCGGGUGUCUAAAAAUUUUCGGAGCCCCCCCUCAAUAUCUUCAUCCCCCCCUCCCUUGUCAUAUUAAAUGAACUUUCCCUAAGUGCGUAAAAUAUCAAAACAAAACUACCACACUACACAAUGUUAAUUAAAACAAUGUCAACAGUUCAAUGUCAAUAGUUCAGUGUUCAAUACAUUGUCCAUGAAUCUUGAGACUUGAAAACUUGAGCUAAAUAAAUUGAUGAUAGUGUUCUUGUGAAGGACUUGACUAGAGAACCACUUGAAAACGUUGAGAAUUAACAGUAUAAAUCAUCCUGUAGUAGCAUACAAGACGGUUGCUAGAAAUGCCAUUUCAACUUGAAUGUAGCGGAGAACGCAUACUUGGAAGACAAGGCUAUUUUGUUGGUAAAUGUUAUGAAACACAGCUCCAAAUGAAGCGAACUCGUCUGAUGAAGACAGGAUGUACUGACCAGUGAUAAGUAUCAACAAGAACAGUUCUGCUUAACUGUAACAAAGAAGGGGUCAAACUCGACCAAACAGAGUAGCCAAUGCCAUGCGGAGUAAUCAAAGUGUGUUUAGACUUCUUGGAGACAAACAAUCGAGUAAUGCUCAGAUCCAUUUCAGUAGUACAAAGUGACGAAAAAUCACGGACAAGCCAUCGAAGAACAACAGAAGAAUCGGUGAUUAAAUACAUGACGAAAUACAAAUGCAAGCAACUUUACAAAAUAACUAUUACAAAGCACGUAAUUUAUAUAAUUAUCUAAUUAUUUAAUUUCCGACAUCUAAGGUUAUAAUAACUAUUUUACACAUUGUCAAAUAACUCAAACAGAAUAGCCACAGAAACAAAACAUAAAUAUAGAAACUAAUAGAUCAAACGAUUUUAAAAAAGACAUUAGAUGCAAUAAUUUCACGUGCGCAUAACUUGAUAAUGAAGAGAACUAACCAACUUGUUUAAUGAAGAACUUAAUAUUAACUGUGUUUAAAAUAACAUUUCAGACACUAAUGGAAACCUAACUGAUAACAGAUGGUGAACUUCUGACUUCAAAAACUUAUCAAAUUCAUGAUAUUGUAAACAACUCACAAAAAGAUUAUAGACAGACUAGAAAAACAGAGAGAAGGCGUUCAUAAAUUCAUGGACAAGAAUUUCUUGUGGAAUACCGAACUCAAUUCAUGGGUAAGAGAAAAUCAAAGAAAUAUAAGCCAAGCAGCAAGGCAGAGUACAAAAACUAGAAUUAUUUUUGUGAUUGAAGAUAAUGAUCAAUGAGAUGUCUAUCCAAAAUAUGGUGUUCCGGUUCCCACGUUGAUUGACUCUUAGGAAAGAAGAGCCACUUGACCAAGUACUCGACCUUUCCAUUUCUCUUUCGGUGUUUUAGAAUUUUUUCUGCACUAAACACAGUUUUAUUGUCGAUAACAAUUGCUUCCGGAGAUGAUUCUUUUGCAUUUUGAAGUUGAUUCUUUGUCUUUUCUUGGCAUGAUUCUUUGUUUGACUCGUUCUCUUUUUGAGGCUGUGGUGACAGUGGCGUCUCAAUACUAACUGGAUUUAAGUCAGUGUCUUUAGGAUUCGCUUCAGCAGAACUUGGCUCAAAACAAACUUUUGGAAUAUCAGAUUCAUUUAUGUACGGCUCGGCAGGGUCAUCAAAAGGCGGAGGGUCAAUUGGUCUCAAAUUAGGAUCAACAAAUGGCUUCAUACGAUUUGCGUGACACGAAAAAGCCACUUUUUUAUUGGUGAUCGUGCGCAACUUAAAGUGAACCGGUGACAAUUUCUCAACAAUUCUAUAUGGACCCAACCAAUUAUGCAUUAACUUUUUGGAUAACCCUUUUCUAGUUCUCGGGGUAUAAACCCAAACACGUUGUCCAACUUUAAAAACAGGUUCUUUUGUCUUUUGAUCGUAAUAACCCUUCAUUUUUUGUUGUGCACGCUGUAAAUUUUCUGUCGCUAAAUUCUGAGCCAAUUCCACUUUUUCGACAACACGUUUUCGAUAGUCAAGGACCGAAGUACUCAAAUCAUCAGCCACAGGAGGCAAAUACUUAACGUCAAUUGGCAAGCGUGGCUCUCGCCGAUAAAGAACGUAAAAAGGAGAAUCCCCAAUUGCAUCUAAAACAGAAGUCCUAUGCGCAAACAAAAUAAGCGGUAUAAACUCGUCCCAAUCUUUCUGGUUUUUGGAAACGUACAUUGACAAAGACUGAUCAUGACACAAGGUAGAAUUAAACCUUUCUACAAGACCAUCGGUCUGUGGGUGAUAACUAGAAGUAUUGACCUUUUGAAUUUGAAAUAUUUUACAAACCUCUGCAACGACCUUAGACAAAAAGUUAGUUCCCCUGUCAGAGAGCAACACACGUGGUGCCCCAUGUCUAGAAAUAAUUUCAUCAAUCAAAAGACGAGCAAUAACAGUUGCUUCGACACUAGGUACUGGGAAAGCUUCGACCCAACGAGUUAAAUAAUCACUAAAAACUACAAUAUACCUAAUGCCUUUACUAGCAGGUGGAAAAGGACCUAAAACAUCAACAGCCACUCUGUCAAAUGCACCCUCGACUGGAAUCGGAAGUAAAGGUGCCUUUUUCGAAUUUCGUGGAGACUUCCUCAUUGAACACUCAACGCAAGACUUGACCCAAUGUUCUACAUCUUUAAACAUACCUUUCCACCAGUAUCUUUGCUUAAGUUUGCUAAAAGUUUUGUUCAAGCCAAAAUGAGCACCGGCAAUAUGAUCAUGUACAUUAGAGAGAAUUUCAAAGCGUAAUGCAGCUGGGAUAACAAGCUGAGAAAAAGACUCACGAGCAUUACGCCUUCGAUUAAAAUCCAUGUGGUAAAGCAAACCAUCUUGACCAAUAUAAAAAUUAUCGCUAGUGAGUAAAAUCUUGCGUGCAUCUUUAUCGUUAGUAGGUAGGAUAUCAUUCUCUAGAAAAUCAAUCAUUACAGCUAAUUCAGGAUCUCUUCUUUGCAUUUCUUGAGUGUUAGGCGUUCGAGGUUCUUCUUUCUUAAGCGAACUCAUUUCACAAGAAUCACAAGGACGUCUAGACAAACAAUCAGCAUUAACAUGGAUUCUACCAGGGCGAUGAACAAUAUUAAAGUCAUAUUGUUGCAAAAGUAAGGCCCAUCUAGCAAGACGACCAGAAGAAUCUUUAACAUUCAUUAACCAACGAAGAGAACUAUGAUCAGUAACAACAGUAAACUUAUGAUUGUGUAAAUAAGGCUGAAAUUUCUUAAUAACUUCAACUAAUGCGAGAGCUUCUCUUUCUGUGGUACUAUAAUUUUGCUCUGCCUGAUUCAAACCACGACCAUUGUAAGCAAUGACGACUUCUUUUCCAUUUUGAAUUUGUGCCAAGGUAAAACCAAUACCGGUGGAGCUAGCAUCAAUAAAUAGCAAAAAUGGUUCCCGAAAAUUAGGAUAUGCCAAAAUGGGUGCAGAAACCAAGGCACGCUUAAGCUUGUCAAAAGCCUCGGCACAAGCUACAGUCCAAACAAAAGGAACGUUCUUCUUUGUCAAAGCAUUCAAAGGGUUGGCGAUAUGUGAAAAACCUCUUACAAAACAUCUGUAAUAAUUAGCAAGGCCUAAGAAACUCCUCAAUUCCUUCAGGUUCGUGGGGGUGGGGUAUUCCUGAACCACCCUUACUUUGUCUGGGUUGGGACUAAGGCCUUCUGGCGUAACUACGUGACCAAGAUACUCUGCUCUUUGUUUAACAAAACUGCACUUCUUUGGAUUCAACUUAACAUUGGCGUCACGCAGUCUCCUAAAAACUUCCUCCAAAUGGUCUAAAUGCUCAUCUACAGACUUAGAGAAAAUGAUUAUAUCAUCGAUGUAAAUCAAUGCAAAACGGUAUUCUAAGCCUUUCAAAAUAUGACCCAUAAGUCUUUGAAAACUGGCUCCUGAAUUCACUAAUCCAAACGGCAUUGUCAGAAAUUCAUAAAGGCCAUUGUGUGUAGAGAAGGCUGUCUUCUGUUGCGAAUCCUUCUGCAUUUGUAUUUGCCAAAAACCACUUUUUAGAUCCAACACGGAAAACACGCUUGCACCAGCUAAAGAAUCUAGCGCAUCUGCAACUAAAGGCAUUGGAAAGCUAUCUACUUUAGUGACUUUAUUAACUUUACGAAAAUCAACACAAAAUCUAUAUGAACCAUCCUUCCUUUUUACCAAAACAACUGGAGAGCUCCAAGGAGAGAAAGACUCUUGAAUUAUUCCUUUUUCAAGCAUUUCGUCUACUUGACGGUCAAUCUCUUUCUUAACAUCAGGAGAUACUCUAUACGGCCUUUGCUUAAAGGCAUAGCAUCACCGGUAUCAAUGACAUGCUGUACAAGGGAUGUUCUGCCCAACUGAUCCCCAGGAAAAGCAAAAACGUUACGAUGUCAAGGAGUGCAUGAUAACUAUUUCCCUUUAUCGUUACACUUACAUUAAAAUUGUCACUCUCGAAAGGAUGGAUAGAAUCAAUUUUACUGGAUGUGGCAGGCAAAGAAACCCUGUCAGUCACAUCAGUCACAUAUGCUCCUGUCUCUGGGUUACUUGCGACAGAUAAGCCAUGAUACUCACUACAAAUAUUAUUUUUAGCCCCAACGAUAUUCACUUCCAAAUUUUCUUCAUUUUUAGACUCAGGCGCCAAGUGUUCUUCUUUUUUAAUUUCUUUUUUACGGACUUCUCGAGAUAAAUUUUCACUUGAAGACUUCUCAUAAAUGACUUCACUUUUAGGAGAAAACAUAGGUACAUUUGGCGAAUGAACAUUUUCGUUUUCAUUUGGCGAUGACCCGGCGAAUACACUAUCAAAUGUUGUUAUGACCUGAGAAAGACAUAACUCCAAACAAUAUUUUCAUUAGGGACAUCUUGAGGUUGGCAAUCUUGAGAACACUCAUGUUGACAUGUGACGGAAACUUGAGAUUUAAACAUUUUAGACUUUGGCGUAACAAUAGGCUCACAGGGAUUAGACACAACAUGGCUAAACUCUUGAACAUUCUUUUUAGUAACAUUCUCGGCCGAAUUUCCAGAGUUACUGAAAGCACAUUUAUCAGAACUAGAUCCGACGGAAGAAUGGUUAUUACUUGUAGAAUUUUCAAGCGCCCCCAUCACGGGUUCACUACCACACACGAUAGGGGCGCCAGCCAGUUUAACUGAGCGCCAAUUUUUCGCUGGUGAAAAGCAUUCUGCAUAUUUUUUCUCCGAUACAGGCCUCGAUUUCCAUUAUUUUGGACAUCUGUACUCCAAACAUUAGAUUCUUCCCCAACAGACUGUUUGACUUCCUCUUCUGAGGGGUUAGACUGUAAUUCUUCAAAAUUCUCGACUUCUUGACAAUUAUUUGAUUUACGGCUAAGAGUUACUAAUUCUUUUAGUUUUGCAAUGUUCAAUGCAGACUCUAAAUCAUUUCAGGCCUUAAACCACGUACAAAACAAUAAAGCCAUUCACUUUUAGGUAAAUUUAGACGAGAGCAGAAUGAAAGAAUAUCAUAAUAGUAAUCGGCAACAGUCUCCCCUAACAACUGACGACGCUCUUCUAAUUUUUGCCUCAACUGCCAUAGAGUUACUUUUGAUUCAAAAUGAGAAAUUAAUUUUUGUGACAAAACUUGAAAAGACUCAUUUUUAUCCGCCUCUGUUAAAGUUUUAAACCACACGCUAGCGUGUUUUUUUAGAAAAAGGGGAAGACCAAGCGCUAAUUUUUCUUCGUCCCAACCAUUUAACAAACCGGCACGUCUAUAAUUGCCAAGAAACUCACGAACAUCUUCUCUCUCGUCGCCAUAAAAUAGUGGAAACUCAACAACGGGCCUAUUCAUUACUUAAAAACGAAACUCUGGCAUUAUUUUGUUUUAAAUAUAACUCUUAUUCUACAUAUGACUUAACUUGGAAGAGAGUUCUCAGUUGCUUGCAAUGGUAAAGUUCCUAGCACUUACAGAUUUCCAGGGGCUGAUCUUGUACUUUUCUCCAAAAUAACGAGUUCGCCACCAAAAUAUCGGCUUCUCCAACAAAAUAUCGAGUUCACCACCAAAAUAACGGGUUCUCCACCAAAAUAUGUGUGGGUGUGUUCGAGCAACUCGCUCGCUACACGACGAGGUACCAGGAAUCUGAUUUACAUCUUGGCCUUUAUUCUUCUUAAUCUUCUUACAACUUCUGCUUACUCUACUUCUACUCUACUUCUCUUACAUCUAUAACCCGAGUUCAAGUAUAGUAGCGGUUUUUAAUAGCCAAAGCUGGGCAUGUUUGGGUUGGCUGACCGGAAGAGUUUCUAUUGUAUUUCUUAUCGCUAACACUGCAACGGGUUUGCUAUUGUCAGGGAAUAGAUUAGCCUACGCCCAGCCGCAGCUGAUAAUUUUCAAAGAACGAAGGUCAGCUCUAACACCACAAACACGACCACCUGUAACAUUCCUAAUAUGGCAAUAAGUAAAUUCGCGAGCUAAGCAUAACUUCAAAUACAAGUAAAAACAAAAGGUCAAAACAGGAAAACAGUACGUGGACAAAAACAAGACUUAAUGAAACGAAAACUAAACUUAAAAGACAAGGUAAAUCCGUCUUAAAAAUAACUUUCAAAAAACUUCACAACAAUAGCCUGCGCCACUGUCACGAAACUAAACUCUGGUGAAGUCUCUCUGGGAAACAGCGCCGAAAUCUUUGUUCUCGGCCCCCAGCUGUGUACCAGGAUUUGAGUACGCGACAUGAUUGUCCUGUUAGAAAAGCCAUUGUCGAUUUGCCAUUCAAGAUAAAGGGAAAUUCGAAACGCACUUCCGGUAAUUCGUUUAAUCCGUUGGGUGGCCAGAACAAGGAUAUCGCGCUGCUUCGUGUCGUUGUUUGAGUUCCUUUCCUUAUCGGAAUUUUUUCCGUUAUUUGUUUAUCUUCUCGUAUCUAUCCUAUCAGCUAAUAAAACGACCUGCCAGCCAGAUGAAUUUACCUGCAAAAAGGGCACAUGUACAAAGAUGAACUGGAAGUGCGAUAAUAAAGAGGACUGUGGGGACUACUCUGAGGAGACUGACUGCCCUCCUACAAGCUCAGAAAGUAAGGCUGUUCUGCACCUAAUAAUAGGCACAAGCAACAUGCGCAGACGCAGUAGCCCGUUAAUUACUAGCAGGACACUAUAAACGUAUAGCCUGCGUUGCAAGUUUUCCACGAGAGUUGGAUGAGAAAGUUGUAAUGAGAGCAAAAAAGGGGAGGAAGCAGAUGGUGAAAGUAAAACGCUUGUUUAGAAACCCAGCAAUUCUGAUACACACCUUUAAUAUUUCACGGUUCGUCCCAUCCGUAGGUUGACAGCUUGUCAACAUUGUAGCCGAAAAAUAGAUUACCCGAUUUUAAGAAAUUUACCUCAUCCCCUCCCCUCCCUUUCCGCUACCUUACCUUGUUCUUCCUCCUUUUCUUCGCUCUCAUUUUGCUACUUUCUCAACGAACUCGGUGAUAAACGUGGGGCAUUGUCUAUCACUAACGGCAUAGGCGCCGCGGGUCAAGAGCGCGAUCCUGCACGAAAUUGAGAAGAAUGGAGGUAAGUGAGGUUCAGAAAUACGAUUGCCGUUAUGAGAAAUUAAUAAGAGGUUUUGUGAAGAAUUCUAGGGUCAGUAUAAGAUACCCCGCCUCUAAAACUGCAAGGAUGUACACACUACCUAACUAUUGCUUUGCACUCGCCUCGGCAUUAAAGGGCACCUGAACACGGCCUUCGGUCGUAUUAGGGCCUAACGGCUGUACCGAUGAGCCCUAAUGAGGGCGAAACAGCUGUCCAAGGCUUCCACUGACGGGGUGAUAUUGCAGGUGCUCACAUGCGUAGGAAACCGGGCAUACCGCGGAGUUUAAUAGUGUGUGUUUAGCUGUGCUUCCUUGCAGUUUUGGUAUUGUCUCACCUACACUUCUCUAACCUAAAGUUAGCACUAGCACUAACUUGGCCCUUCUCCCUAAGGAAGGAGAAGGUAGGAAAUCAAAACAGGAUUAAAAUUGCGCAAGCAAUGUUGAGUUCUAUUAAAUAAGACCUGUUUCUCAACAGGCCGUUCGCUGUAUGCCUAGAUAUAUACUAAAUCCUUAAAAAAAUAAUAUGAAAGAAGAUGGCUCGAGUUUAAAACAUCCGCUUUCUUAGACAAAAGUACAGAGCUAUCUCAGGCUGCAAUAAUUGAGGCCCACGGUGCAAGAAGAGUUAAGCGUGCUGUAUAUUUGUGGGUAAACCCGCUAUGCAGUAAUUAUUUUAACAAAUCUGCAUUUAAUACGAGUUUUAGUGUUCAGCUUUUAUUCCUUAUAUUUAGAUACAACACCGUUAGGUUUUGGAUCACUGGAAAUCGACCUGAGCAACAAGUCUAGGCUGACACACAAAUCCAAGAAGAUUGUCUUAUCACCAGACUUUCUAACAGAAUCGUCCCAGAUAUACUGGUCGAACAGGAAGCGUAUAUACCAGUUAUCUCGACAUAAUGGCAACAAUGAAGCAGUAAAAUCUCGUCCUGAUGACAUCAAGUCAGUGGGGAGUCGGGCUGUUGACGGGCCGCCUAAGAAAUCAUUGUCCUGGACAGACAGCAAGGGAGUUGUAAUGGAGGUAUCCGCCGAUCUCUCUUUCACGGAAAUCUCAGAAAUAAUAGAGAAAAACGUUAAAUCCCAGAGAGCUAUUUUCCUUAGUAAUGGGUAAGUAUCAAAAGCUUGGCCUUUUCCAAUGUUUGGUACCCCUUUUUGUCUUUAGCCUUCUCUUGGUUGUGCCACUGAACUAGCUGGGAGGUCUCACUGAUCGGGGUUCAUGCGGAAAAUCUUUUUUGAUGCAAAUAUUGUAAUCACAUUUCUCCAUACUUACAGCCAUUUCAGGCUAGUUGCAUUCACCUUGGAUAAAUAAUGAAUUUGUCUACGAACUGGCUGAUCCCUACGGAAAAAAGAGCAGGGGGUGGCUAUACAAAACUUAGGUUAGUUGUUAUACUGGCCAUCACUAGCGGAAACUUGUCAUUUUUUUUUUAAAGCUUUGGUAAAAGUAAUCCACUUCUCAAUAUCGGCGCGGCACUCGGCAAACAUUACAAUGAAGGGAAAGAACUAGGUAAGUUGCUCUCCCUUUCUCUUGUUCCGUUGUAUCUUCCAGGUACACCCACCCACAUGCAGUUAUGUUGGUUUGACUACCUCAAAAGUGGGAUGAAUUUCUCUAAAGUCGGCACUAACGGUUGUCAGUUUCUACUUGUUGCUCCAAUAAAAGCACUUUGAUAGUUCUACUGUUUUAUAAUGAAGUCCGCUGUUGGAUUGUAUGUUCCUCUGCUAGACACUCCCUUUGAUCUCUGAUCCAGUACGUUAACAACAAUGUUUUUGUUAUAAUUUAGGAUACGUGGUAACUGAAGAUAUCAAAGGACUUGAUUCUUUAUUGGAAUUGGCCCGUAAGGAAAUGAGGGCAUCGCUCAGUCGACGAUGUCUAGUGGGUGAAUUUCGAUGCAAGGAUUCUCCCCGAUGUAUUCCUAAAAGUAAACGCAAGUAACUAAAUACCGGGACCCUGGAGUAAAACGAGGCCUUGGGACAAUAUUUCGAAACUGAAACAAACAUAUUCGUUUACUAGAUAGCUUGGGGAAGAAGGGAACGGGAGGAGAGGUAGGGAAGAAGUAGUUUCCUAAGCAGCUUUUCUUGUGUCAACGCGUUGUGUGACGACAGAACGGCUGCGUAGGAGACUAAAGAGGUAGAGGUAAUCAUGUCACUGUAAACUUUUGCAGCAUUGGCCCGUAAGGGUAAGAGGGCAUCGCGCAGUCGACGAUGUCCAGUGGAUGAAUUUCGAUGCAAGGAUUCUCCCCGAUGUAUUCCUAAAAGUAAACGCUGUGAUGGUUACAAGGACUGUAAGAAUGGAGAAGAUGAACCAACGUCUUGCAGUGAGUUUUAAAAGGGACUAUGCUGUAAAUAAAUAUUUUCUAGUUCAUGGGUCAGCAACGUCCGAAUCGACCAGCCGUUAAUGCCGUCCAGUGACGUCACUACUACCCGAAAACCGGGUAGUGAUUUUGAUAGAUUUAUUGUCUAAACAUUCGCAUAAUUAUGCAUAAUUAUGAGAAGUUUUAACGGAAUUCAGCGGAUCACAUCCCUAUCAUGUUUGCGUGGAGUUCAAACAUUUCGAUAAUCUUUAUCGUGAACAGCGAAAUUGCCCUCGUCUUCGAAACUGAAAUGCUAAAUUGAAAAGCGAAUGAAGAAAGAUUACGGAGAGUUGGUAGGUUUUUCGUUUAGAGCCGCUUUGUGGUUUCGGCAAUGAUUUUGUUUAUGCGAAGUUUCUGAGACCAAUGUUGUACGUAAUUCAACCUUCUAGCUAUUUUCACCGUCAAGUGUAAUGAUUCUGUUAGCUUUUCUUUCUUGUUUCCUUGUUUUCGUUUUUCGUUAAGGACCAAAUAGCUUCUUGUGUUUUUGAACCAAGUGUUGCGUGUGUGUAUUUAUUUGAUUGAGUGAUUGCGACCGAGUUUGAUUAUGGAAUUACAACCGAUUCAGAGUACUGCAUGCAGUUGAUAGUUUGAACGCUAAACAUGAAUUACGAUUGAAAAAAGUAAAACAAUUCUGUAUCAUGCCUGAUGCCAUUUCCAAACAUUUCUUGGUUUUCCAUUGAAAAUCGUGUUUAACUUUUUGCAUGAAUUAAGGCAAAGGAGUAGUGACGUCACUGGACGGCAUUAACGGCCCGUCGAUUCAGACGUUACUGAGGAAGCAAUAACGACUCGAAGUAAUCGGAUGAAAUUCAGGCUAGUUCAUGGGGUCUAAUAUACCAGAGUUAAAUAUUUAACAAUUAAUGAAUGGGGCUGAGAAUCUUAUGAAGAAUUCAUAUGAUACGAAAGCCGAAUUCAAUAAUUGUGUUAUUAUUCAUUCAAAACUAAUUCCUAGUUGAAGAACGUAGCUAAAACAUGCUUACCUCCAUGGAUGUUAAGUUCAUCUUCGAUAGUGCACGUUUAGGGUUGUUCAGCUCCGCAAAUAUUCUCCAAAUAGCAGCUGUCGCCCUUCGAGUUGUCUUCUUGCUGUUCUUGCCAUGUUUUAGCUAUUAUUUCGCCUAGUUCUUACUCUUGAAACGAGUGAAAUGUCCGCUAUUUUUGUUUUCACAACCAAGACAACUCAACCUCGUCUCUAGGUCUUCUCGGUUAACGGUGCAUUAACCUGCAAGGAGGCUGCACUUUUGACGUCAUCGGUUGAUUAAUUGCUGAUUUUCAGUGUAACGCCAUCCAAAAUAGAUCAAAAUAAAAAUCAAAACCAUUGGACAGAUAAAGUCCAGAAUCUAGGAAAUGAAAGGAGGUAAAGAUACAAACACCCUCGCCAAGAUUUGGGUCGAAGUAAUAAUUCGUAUACGAGAUAUCCGAGGAAAUGUUUUACCCAUAUUUAUAGAGCUUUGUAUAGAGAGGCCAUACUGGAGCUCAUCCGGAUGAGCUCCAACACGGCGGACGGAAACCGAAAGAAACAUCUGUUACCGAGUUGCUACAAAAGUGUGAACUCAUAAACAUUAAAGUAAUACUUUUCCUAACACCUGAACUGUUUAGAUAGCAAAAUUCUUCGAAAAAGUCACUUUUUUAGCCUAAAUGACAGCUCUUUCGGUCGUCAUGAAAAUGCUACGUCACGCAAAAGCUUAGAAAUUCAAGCGUACCUAAUACAAAACCAAGAACCCUUUUGAAGCGAAAAUUUGUUUGGAAAUUAGUUUUCAGCUGCUCUGAUACACCAUGAAAGUAAAAUCUCAGUAGUUUGAAUUUUAGUAACGUCAUGUCAAAACCAACAAUAGCAAAAUUCUUCCAAAUUUGGUCAUCAGUAACUGGUUAUGGUGAAUUAUGCGUGUGCUUUUAGCCAAUCAGAAUCGGGGAAAUAUUUUGAAUGAAUAAUAAUGCAUGAUGUGAAAAAUGACGUUUGUCUUGUUUGCACUUGGCUGCGACAAUUAUUCAAGCUUGUUGAAAGUAUAAACAUAAUACAUUUGAGUGUUUCCGCCUAGAAAAAAUGCGUUUAAAGCCCAGUUUAAAAGUGAUUAUCGAUUAUAGACUUUCGUCAGAAAUCCAAGAGGGUCGCCAAGAUGGCCGCCAUGAAUGCUACUAAAAUCCUGGGCUAAAACGAGGCUUAAUGGGACAAUAUUUCGAAAUUGAAACAAACAUUUUCGUUUACUAGACAGCUUGGGGCAUACGAACAUAUAAGUAAGAAAAAUAUAUCAUAUGGGUGCAUAGGAAGCCAACUCCGACUAGACUAAUCAUUUUUGAUCGAAAGCGUUUAGAGAGCGAUCAGGUACGCUUUAUUACCGUUUAACCGUUUUCAGAUAGAAGGGCUUUCGAAGACCCCCCUCCCCCUUCACGAAAAAGCUGGAUAACUUCAAAACCGUUUACGCUAUGACCACCAACCUUAGCAAAUUUUCUUAAAAAUUAUCUGGGAAUAUCUUUAAGUCAUCGUGACGCGUACGUCAACAUUGACGUGACGAUGGCAAACGAGUUUUGACAGCCAUGUUUUUCAAAGUUGCAUUUUUCUUUUAAAAAACGAUAAAAAAAAAUGCUUGUUUUUUAUUUUUACUUACUAUGAUAACUGUUAAUGUAAAACACGCUUUUUAGUGAAUGAUUUGAAAAAAAAAACCAUUUAUUUAAAAUGGCAAAAUGGCAGAUGCUGGGUUCAAUUUACAACAGUGUUAAUUACUCUCGAAAUUUCAGAAACUUCGGAUUUUUUGCUUUCUAAGCGUCCUUUUUUACAAAGAUCGAAUUUUCUAUCACGACUGCCUCGAUUUAUAAGGGUUUAAAAUAGAAUGAAAUGCAUUUAACUAAUUCAAAAUGGCGGAUCCAAGAUGUCGAAUGGUAAAAGUUCUUUUAUUAAUAAUAAAUGAACGCCAUAAAAACCUCACUGCUAUUAUUAAAGAUUAUGCAUUUGUUAGCCAACUUCUUGAUUUUAUCAGACACCUUACUUUUUUCACUUUACGGUGUUUUUUAGGGAAUUUGGAUUUUGCCAAUGAAUCCAACAAUAUGACGUCAUAAUGACGUUCAAUGUGUCAAUCAAAAUAUGCCUUGAUGUUGGAAAUGAUGACUAUGUUGUUAUUGUGCAAUUGUGGUACCCAUAUCAUGAGCGGUUUUGAAGUUAUAAAGGGAGGCUCUGGUCUGAAUAGGGUUAAAAUCUUAAUAGCACAUAUAGCUACUUUUGGACUAUUCAGAAUCUCUGUCCCUGCCUCUCCCUAGGCUUAUUUUCCACUAUAAUAACCCAUACUUUACGAAAAUAUGUUUCUUUUUUCUACUUCUUCACUUAAGAAGGUUCUUGUGUUUAUAUCAAUUGUAGCUGUGACCACAUAUGUCUAGAUCGGCUACUCCCGUAGGGCAAGUAUGCUUCUAUAUGCGAAGAGAGAUCUUAAGCUGAGCAAAUUGACACAAAGAGAACAACAACAACCUGGCUUCCUUGUUUUAUGCUAUCCUCGUAGCAGGCUAUGCUUGUAUCCGCACCACAGUAUUCUCGUACCGGGUGCCAUUUUAAUUAAGAUUUUUAACUCUCUAAGUUUGUUUGAAAACUCCCCACUCACGUUUCUUCCCCACAAACUAUAGUUUUAAAACGUUCAAUGGCUCAACUGGAUAGAAAGAAAAUUACGCCAGGUAAAAAUAUUUAUACUUUACAGAUACCGUUUGCCCAUUUUCGCUAAUUUAUUCAAAUUUAAGUUCUUUUUGCCAUACAAACUCUUGAUUUCCCAUACAAACUCUAACAUUACCCCUGGACCACCUUUCGUAUAUCUGCCGAUAGGAAUUUGAUGUUAAGGGUAAUUUACAAAAACAAAUUAAGGCAGAAAUUAAGACAACACUAAACCGCUUAAUUUUUGCACUUAAUUUAAACCAAAGAUUUGCACAGGACUUAUUGCUAUGUCUGCUGGGUACACCGCGAAGGUCAGCUAUCUUUAAAGAAUGAAUAUCACAUAUCUGUUUUAUUUGCGGUGUAGAUCUGGCCAUGUUAGCGUCUGGAUCACAGUCUGGAUUAUACAGAAUUGACCUACGCAACACGUCAAGAGUGACACACAUCAAAUCAAAGGAGAUCUUGUCGCUUGACUUUGGUUUGGACCUGCACCAGAUUUAUUGGUCAGACGAGAGGAGUAUCAACAAGUUGUAUUUAAAUAACGGCUCGAGCGACGAGAUAACCUUUCGUCGUGACGAUUUUAAGAUAGUUGACAGUUUGGCUGUAGACUCGCUGGCUAAUAAAGUGUACUGGGCAGAUUCCGCGCAAGAUGCAAUUUAUGUGGGGGAUCUAAGAAAUAGAAGAAAAGUAAAACUUAUAGAAGAAGACCUUUAUUUCCCGAUAGCUAUUGUUUUGAGUCAAGGGUAAGUACAAAAUUGUUUUCUUGUCUUCUGCUUGAUUGACAUUUGAAUAAACUACUGUUUAAGGUUGUGUUCACACGAGACCGUUAUAGUUUUUGAACUGACCUAAUCCCAUGCUUCUACGUAUUUCGUCUAUACUGAAAUGUCUCAUUAAUGUUUUGAUUCGUAAACUGUCGGCGUCGUCGUUCUCAUGUGGAAAGCAGUAAAUACUCAGUUGUAUUCAGAUUUGUAUGUGUUGUAGUUAAUUUUUUAUCUCAGGUAAUUUUUAUUUUUCCUUUGUUUCAGCUUCAAUAGGAUACAUUACCAUACCCAAAAACAUUAAAGAAAAAUAAAAAUUACCUGAGAUAAAAAGGUAACUACAACAUAUGCACUUACAUCUUCUUCUUCUUCUUCUUCUUCUUCUUCUUCUUCUUCUUCUUCUCAUUAUUAUUAUUAUUAUUAUUAUUAUUAUUACUAUUAUUAUUAUCAUCAUUACUUUUCAUUAUACCUUAAUAGCUACAUAUUCUGGACCGCCGAUUGCUGUCCGAGGCCGAAAAUUGAAAGAGCAAGGCUAGAUGGAACUGAUAGAAAAAUCCUUGUCAUUGAUGGUAUCCAGUCACCAAGUGGCUUGGCUAUUGACAAGCAAGACAAGAAAAUUUACUGGGCAGGGAUCGAUGCCAAUAAAUAUGGCAUUAUAGAGGUCAUCUCCCUGGACGACUUAAGUCGCACCGUUAUUUUUCAUCGUCCAGAUUAUCAACCGUUUUCUCUGGAUGUCUUUGAAGAUUAUGUGUAUUGGUCUGAUUUGCGAAAAAACGCUGUCCUGCGCAUUAAUAAAUCCAACGGAAAUGGGGAAGAGGUUAUUAUGGCUGGCUUGAAAGAACCAAAGGGAUUGAAAAUUCUUCACCAACACCAAGACGUACCAGGUAGGAUUACCAAUUCUUGCAAAAAACAAGGCACUGUCGCACACAUUGGUUCUUCUUCUCCUCAUUCUUUCUCCUCUUACUUCCCAUCAUCAUCAUCAAUAUAAUCAUUAUCGUUUUUUAUCACUAUUAUUGGUACAUACAAAAUCCUCCUUGCGUAACAAUAUAGAGAAAAUUGUGAUAGUUAUCUCUCACAGACAGAUUUAAAAACCAAGGUCUUGAAGAAAAACAACAGGAAACUCGGAGGAAACGUGUUGGCGAGGAAAGGACUGAAACACUAAGGACUUAAAGCAACGACUACGGAAGGGUCUAGUACAGUGACUGGAAGUUUUUUAAAUUUCCCGCCACCCUUCAAUUCCUUAAGUUCAAGGUACCACGACAGCGACAGUACAGUGAUCAAAACCUUUUUUUUUUUUUUUUUUUUUUUUUACAAGUUGAUGUACGUAAAAAGUUGUUGAUUUGCUAAUUAAACUUAUUGUCUGGCCGUACUACGCUUCCUGAAUACGUAGAAGAUCAUGGCGGGCCGUAGUGUCUAGUACGUUAUGUAUUAAGUGGCAACAGGAGGGCAUUAUGUAUGCGCAUGCGUCAAUAUGGGCUGUUGAAGUGCCACAGUGGCAUUUUCUGUAAAUUGUUGACGUUCAGUACCAGCAUUUGCUGGCUGUUUUCUGGAGCUUAAAGGGACUGGUUCACGAUAAUGCGCAUGUGUGAGUUCUGACAGUAGCUGAUUGUUUUUCAACCAAUCGGAAGCGAGUUAGAUGCACGCAAGUAAAUUUACAAAAUUCAAAUUAAUUGUUCGCGACGCGAGAGUAUUUCCGGGCAUUUGGUUUGAUUUUAUUUAUCCCCAUAAUUCAAUUUUAUUCUUUGCUACUCCUCAGAUAUAUGUUGCAGCCGAUAAGAAUAAGAUUUACAGCCCUGUCCUGCUUUGAAACAAACAUUUACCAACGUGUAUUUUUACGAGGUCGUACCCACGCUAACAAAACAGUCACCGAUCGGCAAACAAAAUUUGUAAACAAACAUCUUAUUACUGUUCUCUCAGUUCGCCUUAUAUAAACCCAGAAAUACCUACAAAUAGCGCCGGACCGGUGACAAAAACACACAACGUAUGAGUAUAAAGAUUAUCCUUAAUUGAGCAUAAAUUUCAAUUGCUUAUCAGCAAAUGAACAAAUUCAUUCGCGUCGCAUCGGGUCAGUGUUCCGCAAAACAAAUGUUAUCGAGUAGCACACAUAAAGAAACUAGAUUAUGAACAGAAUAUUCAGGCAAUAAUUUAUUUUAAAAACAUCAAUUCUUAAACAUAUACGAUCGUAAAGCAAAGAUACAAGGAACAUUUCAAGUGUACCAGAUCGGUGAAGAUCGCGCGGCCUGUUGCGGUAUAACUACAGGUCGGAGUCAAAAAUCAAAUCAAAGUUGAACGAACUCAUGCCUUUAACCACUUUCCAAGUGUCGUGUAUUCUUUUCGUAUGCCACACACUACUCCUAGAACCAUAUCAGAUCGAUAGGCUAAGCUUCUCUAUCUCCAGAGACUCUUGAGAACGUCCUGUUGCCGGACGGCCACGAUGCUCUUCUCAACCUCCAUGACCAAAACAUUAUUUUUUGCGUCUUUUUAAAACGUAACCAGUCAAACGACACAACCACACGUUAAUCACCACUACCGAAGUAUAACUAGACCAGCCAAAGCGACGGAUGUCCGAAUAAAACGAAGGAUUUUCAAUGAUUGUACCAGUAAUGGCGAUUUCGAAUUUAGUGUUGACCCAACAAAUUUAUUCUGAAGAGACAAACGGCGCGCAUGCGCAUUAUCGUGAACCAGUCCCUUUAAUGACGUGUAUUGGGUGCUACGUUCCACAAACAUGUUCUUUAAGGUAUCGUGGUAUUUCUACGAUGAAAGUGAGUUUAUUGUAGCCUCGCUGUCGCCCUUGAGAGGACAGUCUUUCCUUUCGUAAAAAAGUACAUCGAAGACAAGAUGGCUGCUGAAUGUUCUUACGACCUAAUAUUUCGCGCACAUUUUUUUGAGCAGGAGGAAAAGGUCAGUGUGAUAAUUUUUCGUUAAACAAUUAUCCUAGAUACUUAAUUCUUCUCAAUAGUACAACUCUAAAAUCGAACUUAAUCGUUUCAGGAAUACAGUGGUUAAUUACUUGUCCAUUCUGCCAUGAAACUGUUUUCACCCUUUCGCUGGCUUGUUUAUCUCGAAAUCUUGCCUUUCUCCCCAGAUUAAUUUAAUGAUUAAUAAAACUAAGAAUACUUCCGCGAAUGAAUGGCGCUUUGAUGAAGGCUGCGAAAAAUCGCCUUCUAUAGUAAUUUUAGCUCUCUUCUCCGGUACGUCUUCGUUGAGAAAUAAAAUACACGCACUUCAACUAUAAAUUUAAAUCAAUAUAAUGAUGCCAGUAAGAUUGUGUUUUGAAAAUAAGAAUAUUCUAUCAUUUAGUUAUACAAAGGAAAAAAAUUACAUGACUCGGUUUGAAUUCUGAUUUUUUCCAACUUAUUUUGAUGGUACACUGUUUGUUUACAUUUCAUUAUGCAAACAAAUAUAACAUUUUGGCGUUUUAAAGAAAAUCUAAACUAACUUCCCAACCCCAAAAUAGCACGAAAUGAAACGUUAUCAAUACACCUUUUAAAUACGUCCUGGCUUCUGUUGCAAAAAAAUUGCAUUUACUCCUAAAUGAUACCAUUUUGUGGAUACUAUAUUUGUUGAUAUGCUAAUUUGUGAGACAUUUCAUUCACGAAGGAUGUUGACUGAGAUCAGCUUCUCCUCUGUAUUGAACCACAUUCUUGUUUAAUACAUCAGUUUCUGCUUGAUAAUUCUUCCAUGAUGUACAACUUACAUAAGGGGUUCAUCUGGAUACAGUAAAAAGCUGUCAACGGAAACGUUAAUAAAAGACAAAUUCAUCCUUCCAUUUGUGUCAUGUUUGUUGUCGCAUUCCAGCUCAUUUGGGUCCUUUAGCAAUAGUAUUUAGUUUUUGAGGAAACAGCAUUAUAUGCACCCCUCUAACAAACUUCCUGUCUUAUGUUUAAACAGGCUUUGAAGGUGAACAACAUCGUCAGUUAGAUUUAAGGAGUGAUGACCAUUCUCUGUUUUGAAUGGAUCACUACUGUCAUCAAAUAUAAAUUAAUUACAAGAAAUCGAUUGUGGAACACAGGAGCUGUUACUCAAGAGACGCUUCAAAAUAGUAGCUUGGGAAAAAUCUCUGUAUCUUUUAGAGUUAAAGAAAAAUAAAAGUAUUGCUCGUUUUUUUCGGGGUAUGUGCGUUCGCUUUGUCUGGAACUGAGCUUAUGAAAUGCUCAAGUGAUUAUGUACUACAUAAUCACUAGCAAAUUGUUGCUGUCUCAAACUCAUUCCAUUCUUCGUUUCCUAUAGAAUAUUUUUUAUAAAUUUUUCCGCGAAAACUCUCGAAAAACUGUAAAAAACCCCAUAGAUUUCAUGUUUUUGUGGCAUAUAUAAACGCGUCUCUCCGCGAUCAGUUUAACAUGAGACAUCGCGCUAACAAAUAAACCUCGCGUGGUCAAUUUUUGUGUCGCUUUUUGUCUUAAAGCAGCUGAACAUUGCUACGAUGCAUUUCCCCCUUGAUAAGUAAAACCACGAGUUUGGAAAUCAAAUCAUAGAAAUGCAUUGCAGGAACAUGACUUUUUGGCGUUGAGUCUUGAAAGUCUUUAAAAGGUCAAGAAAACCUACUACUGAAAAAUUUACAAGUGAAAACCCGCGUAGAAAACGUCCGAUUUUUGUCAUGAAAAAGUACAGUAUCCAAAGCACCAACGAAAUGGCUUUCAAAAGGACUGUAACUUUACGCGCGAGUUUUCGAUUUCCCGCCAUCAGAUUUGAUGCGCCCACGCUAUUGUCGUUCAGCGUAUGCACGCAUGCGCAUGCAAAAUGCCCUCCUGUUUUAAGUGGCAUUUUACGCGCUUAGAGCGCAGUGUAUAUUUGAAACAGAAUCGCGAGAUAUACGCAUUUUAUCCUUUUUGGUCAUCCUUGGAAAUUUCUGAAGGCUCAUUUUUCGAUCAUGAGCCCCAAAUUACGGUGUCAAGCACGACACCCAAGUGAAAAAUACAGCCAAAUACGCAAAAUACAGUUUACAGAAAAGACGAUGAUUUCAUAAGGGAUAUCAUUUCACCAAGUGGUGUGAAAAAGACUGAUAAAACACAAGCAAUCUCUGAAUUUGCCCAUGCAUCGCCUUCUUUUUAUGAAUGUUUUUUCUUUUUUUGACAUUUCGUUGCCGUGAGGGGCGACUGCACGGCUUCAACCUCAGGAGAGUUCGCCAACAUUUGACAAAGUAAGCGAGUUGGAAUAAUCGCGAUAAAGAAUAAAAAAACGCGAAUACACCUUUAAGCGACGUUUUCGCCGCUAUAGCCGUCGACUUGAGAAUCUUCCGUAGUCUUUGCUUAUAGUCCCUACUGACUUUGAGAGACGGCCAUGAUAAGGAGAAGACAGAUUUGGUGGUGUUUUGUCCCCGAUCAUGAAACAAUAAAUUUGUAUUGACAGAAGUAAUUGUCCAUUAGACAACAUUUAUAAGAAUUCUGAGUUUUUAAGACUCGUCGCUGAGAUCGCCUUGACAAAAGUGGGUCAAACUUCUCUUCUUUUCGAGGGACCACCCUCUCGUGUCUUGUCCUCUUGUUUGCUCAUUACUCGUCCAUCCAGAAUUUUCCCGACGGCAUUCAUUUUUAAUAAUUCUUAUACCUUUUCUCUUGAUGGUGUAUUGAUUGUUUUGGAAAAAAACAUUAAUCCAAAGUGUUUUAGAGAACGAUCAAGUAUUACCGUUGAAAAUCGCAUCACAGUACUUAUGGACUUUUCUGUGCCCCUCACUCCUCCCUCUUCGUUCAUGUACUUCUAAUCAGCACUUAAACCUCACGAAAAUAUGUUCCUUUUCUCCACUUCCUACGUUUUAGGCGGUACUUGUGUUUAUAACAAUGGUGGUUGUGAUCAUGUCUGUCUAAAUCGGCUAAAUCCUAGUGGGCAAGUAUGCCUUUGCGAAGAGGGAUUUGAGCUGAGUGAAGAUGGGAAAACAUGUACAUCACGUACAUGUGAAAAAGAACUCUUUGUAAGUUUUGUUCAUAUUUUACUUAUUUCCAAGACUUUAGACAGUACAAACUUGAUGUGUGCGCAUAAUGAAAAAUUGAGACAAGGAAACUGACCACAAGAACCUGGCUUCCAUGUUCUGCAUGUUGUACGUUAUCCUCCUCGCAGGUGUGGCUCUUAUCACACCACGGCAAUCUCUUGCCUAGGGCCUUUUAUUAUACAACAUUUUUAAAACCUAAGCUUGUUCGAAAACCACCCAGAUUUCUUCCCUUUAAACCAUAGUUUAAAAGGUCCAUUGGUUCACACCCAGAACAUUACCUUUCAUUUUUGUGCGACAAGACGAUUCAAAAUGUGUCUCAGAGUCGGACAAUGCUCAAAAUAUUUCAAACUCUGACGCAAACAAAAAUUUUUUUCUCAUCGAUAUGAUUUUGUUUUCUUACUAAGGGAAACAUUACAAGACAAUUUGCUUCGUAUUCGGCAAAGGAAUCCCAGGUGGAAAGAACUUUAUAUGCAAACACCUGGCUGUUGAUUAUCAUUUUGCUGCUACUCGCGUUAGUGCUGGGAAAACGUGUUUUUAAGAAGGUCUACUCGUGGUUAAAAGCGAUACACCCUGGAGACGUACAAGGGACAAGAGCAGAGGAUCAAGAACGUACAGUUAGAACAGUGGAAGAUUUUGCCACCGACAACACAGACAUCAUGCAUGAAAGCGCAUUGCUACUGAACUAUGAUGACGAUUCACCUGAGCUGAAUCAGCAAGUCUGUACCGCUGAGACGAAAGGAGCAUGCGUACACAGAGGGGAUUUGCCUUUUAAGGUAAGACAGGCAAAAUAUUCUUUUAUCUCUAACAGGACACCUACGACAGUUAUUAACUUGGUAAAGUCCUUUCUAAUAUUAAGGUACAAUGGAUGAAAUGCAAGUUGCUUAUACAUAGAGUGAACCAUAUAAAAAAAUUCACUCAGAAAAAUAUUGAAAACGUUUGAAUUUUCUACUUUUUGAUUUGAAAGAAGGCCAACUCGGCUAAUUUCUUACAUUUCUAACGUUUCUAUUUGUCCUCAGCAUCAAAGUUCGCGAAACUUUGAUUUCAUGAUUUUAAUAUAAUUUAUGAUCAUGUGACAAAAAAAAGGAACGUUUAACUGCGGUUGUGAUCCAAACCAUGUUAAGUCCUUGUGGUUUCUUUUGAACUGUUUUUUUAUUCAAUACGGAGCGUUUUGAUGUUAAGUCGACCAAAAAUUAGUAAAAAGAAGUUCGAAUUCUACAAGAAUUCUAUAUUAGUCCAGUCCCGAAAUGGUAUUGGCUGUUUUUUUUUUUUAAUCCAUCAGCACAUAGAAUGUGAGUACAAAAAAGUCGAUAAAGUUCUCGUUCUUGGGUUUAACUGAGUAGGGGCCAAAACAUACUUACACAUUUAUUUCUUUACUUAUUCCAUCAUUUAAAUGAAUCAGCCAAUGAACACUUUGCUUAUUUCGCAGUGCGCCAAUCAAAGCUAUGACAUCAUCGGUCCAGAAAUAGCUAAAACCGUCAAAGUGCAUGUUGUAUACUAAUCUUCUGUACAGUAACUCUCUUAAAUGCUAGCUCUUAGUCAUAUAAGUGUCUUCAAAAAUUGUAUUACUUUUAAAUCAGCAAUUUGGUUCAUUUGAGGCUAUGAAGUGUACAUGAUAGCUUCCUAAAACCAUGCAUGAUGUAGUAUUUGUAUCCUUUACAACUUAUCAUACCAAUGAUUAUGUAUAUUUUUUCAGGUUCAGGGAGAUUUAGUGGUUUAUAUGAAUAUGAACACAGUGAACAUGAAUACAAUCAUCAUGAAUAUGAAUAAUACCAACAACGUGGAGCUUCAGCAAAAUGGCGGAGUGACGGUUGUAGGGGACAAAACGAACAUUAAUUACCAUCAACCUCCUCAGUAGUAAACUGUUACAUAUGCUUUUUGGUUAAGUUGAAACCAUGAAGACGGAUUUUGCUUACGGGUUUUUUUGUACUACUUUCAAUUGCAACACCGACGUUAGUUUUGUGUUAUAUUCUACACAGCGCUGGACCAUACCGUUAAAGGCUUCGUUUAGACUAGGUAUCCUCUCAUCCGGGACCUUAUUACUCAGAUACCCAAGUACUCAACAAAGUUCACAGUGGCACGGGAAGCUGGAUCACUGGAUAUUUCUCUACCGUUAGCCACACCUUUCGCCUCUGUAUGAGCUUCUCAGAUGUAAAAUGAUUUUGUACUAUAGCAGCAUUUUUUUUUUUUUUUGCAUUUUUCUCAACUACAGUAGAAGUUCGAGGUAGCGAGGUUUCGAGUUAGCAGGGUCGAUUGCCAAAUUCAACUUGCCACAUUAAAAAUUGAUAGUUACUGAUUUUUCAGUGUAUAUUGCAGUGCGAAUUUCACUUAUUUAAUCAGAAACGUUAACAUUAUUAGACAUUUCUAUGAGAAAAACGUGAUCUGUUCGUUGCACCAAUUAAGAUCAAAUUGAGGUAGUUUUGGCCAGUGUUAGUUUUAAUGUUUUUACAGUUUAUAAUUAUAAAAGAAGAGUUCAUUGGAUGGCAUCGGAGUGGAGUUAAAAGAACUAUAAUUAUUCGAGUUAUCGGGGUAAAUUUCAGUGAAUUUUUGAUCAAGGGAAACAGGGGAAAUUAAAUUUAGUUCGAGUUAGUGGGGAAUUCGAGUUAUCCCAGUUCGAGUUAUCGGGGUUCUACAGUAUGUACGAAUGGAGUCAGACCAAGAAAGCUUCACCAAUGGACUCGUAGCUAGUGUGAAAGUUACUGUAGGAUCAAUGCAAAUAGGAUGCAGGCUGUGAAUAUUAAAUGAUUUUAACGAUGUAUAGCGGAAAAGAUGCUCUAAAGAUUCAGAAGAUUCUUAAGUGACAGAAGCCCUAGAGCGCCAAUUGACCAGUGUGGCCCAGGUUAAGCGUCGCAUCACGUGCCGAAUUUAAUGCUAUUGCGAAAAAUCUGUCCGGCGUUCUCGGUCAUUAGCAUUAGAUUCGGUGCAUCUGAAAUGCGACAUUUGAACCAAGCCUCACACAGAAGGUAGCUAAAAUCCGUCGUGCUUUAAGCAACGCAAGUUUUUCCACAGGCUGAUCGUUGUUGUAAUUGUGCGUUAAAGUACUGUUGUGCGCUUUUACUUAGUAUCAUCGGUAACGUAAAUCGAAGCUGUUAUAUAUCUAGAACUGGUUUAGGUUUUUUUUAUUUAACCGUACUUUAUAAUACAAUAACGUAUUUCAGAGUGACAGGCUGAUAGCAGGAGCCCAUAACCCGGAGUGAGAAACUGUCAUGUACUCAGGACACGGCGUUUUCACCGAAAUUUGUUUAUUUUAACAACCGUGUUCCCAGGGUUCUCUCCCCAUGGAGCGAGAGAAAUUAAACCCGUAGGAACAGGUAGGAGAGAACCCUGAGAACAAGUUGUUCUUUUUAAAAUUCCCACUACUCAAUUAGCAAAUCCAACAACCCCCAAAAUUAUAUUUUUGACCUUUUAAAUGACGAGUGUUUGUUUCUCCUUUUUGAUAUUUAAUAC